GCCAUUCUAGCAACGUCUAAUAAUGAAUAGAGAGCCUUCGUUAUGCGAGAUAUGUUCUCAGAUUACUCUCAGACUCCCCGCAAAUAAAGCGCUUCUGAGGGAUUACCCCGAUAUUAGCUCUCUCGACGACACGGCCGACAGAGGAUGUGCUCUCUGCAUUUCAAUCCGAGCCUCACACCAGAAGCGCCACGUCAUCUCAGCAAGGCAUCAGACAUUGCCAUGGAUAGAAGACCAGGUCCAACACUCAAAUAUCAGUGUAUUUCACCGGAUCGAUCAACCCAUCGACCUCGAGAGUAACAUUUGGUGGGAAUGUUCACAAUGGGAUUCAAGGCAGAGGUCAAUGAAUGCAUGGCAUCUUGGUGGCUUCUUCGCAGAUCCUGUUGAUUUGGCGGCAAGAUAUUUUCCAGGCCGGGAUGUAGGUCUGGAUCCGGCGUCCGAUGCCAACUUCGAGCUUGCUAGCCGUUGGCUAAGGGGAUGUCUCUCAUCCCAUCCAUUGUGUGGAACAAUAAGCGCAUCGCCUCUUCCGACUCGAUUAAUUGAUAUUGGGAAUGGCAUCUCGCCUCAAACCCUGCGCCUUUGCAUACCUGCUGCUGGUGCUACUGGUAGAUACGCGGCUUUGAGUUAUUGUUGGGGUACCGCACAGAAUAACAUUCUAACCAAGGCAAAUUUAAAAGACAAAACAGAGAAAAUACCCGCGUCUGAUUUACCAAAGACAAUCCAAGAUGCCGUUGAGAUAACUCAAAAACUCGGACUACAGUAUCUCUGGGUUGAUGCUCUCUGUAUCAUCCAGGAUUCCGUUCAAGACUGGCAGACAGAAUCUGCAAAUAUGGGCAGCAUUUAUAAGAAUGCUUUCUUCACUAUUCAAGCUUCAGGAGCGAAAGAUACACAAGGUGGUUGCUUCAUACCACGUGCCCAACAAGAACCACCUCCUGCGAAACUUAGGUUUGAGUUAGCAGAAGACGGGUCUCUUGGAUCAGUAUUCGUUCGCUCUCAUCCAUUGGUGGAUACCAAGAUGGAACCACUACAUCAGCGUGGUUGGACACUACAAGAGAGCUUACUAUCACCUCGGAUAUUAUCGUACGGAGCAAAUGAAAUGCAGUGGGAAUGCAAAACCACGAACUAUAGCGAAGCUGGUAGUCUCCUCCAAGUCCAAGGUUCCUUCCCCGGCUUACCCAAGCCCAUUCGGACCAAAACGAAAAACCAUCUACUGUCCGUCAAUAUUGAUACCAUUGACCCCGCAAUGGAGAAGAAACUUGCCUGGUCGUAUAUCGUUAGGGAUUAUGCGUCACGCCAGUUGACAUUUGCGCAAGACAAGUUGCCAGCACUCUCUGGCCUCGCAAGAUAUAUCUCUCACACACGGCCCGGUGACACGUAUCUUGCGGGGCUGUGGAAGUCUGAGCUGGCCGGCAAUCUUCUUUGGGGCGUCCUCAAAGGGGUUCGACCUUCUAUAUAUCGCGCUCCAUCAUGGUCUUGGGCAGCCUUAGACGGCGAGAUUACCGUUUUCAACAACGCGUAUACUUCCGCCGGUGAAUAUUGCGAGGCUCUCAACGCAUCAACUAUCCCUUCAGGUGCCGAUUUAUUUGGACAAGUCUCGGCGGGUAUAAUCACGUUGCGUGGACAGUUAAAAGAGGGAUGGCGGAUACUCGAUGAGCAAAGUCUUAAUGGUGACCCGAACGUGCAGUAUCUGUACAAGGAUAACAGACACUUAGAGCGUUCGGAUAACACCUUUCGCCUCAAGCUUGGCCUUUGUGAGGUCGAUAUUUUUGACUCUACUCAGAAACUCGGGGAGCCAGUGUUAACAUGGUGUCUUCGAAUCACAAAUUUGGAAGGCCUCGCUUUGCAACAGGCGUCAAGUGGAAUUUUUCAUCGUAUUGGGGUAUUUGGCUUGGAUGACGAGAAAUCUGGUUGGUUUGGGGAAUCUGAUGUACGGAUAUUGGAUAUUGUUUAAAAGUUGGAGCGGUUGAAUGUUAGGUAUUUAGCAAGGGUGAAGUUUUGAAUGGCGCUGAGAUUUGAAGACUUAGCUAUGAACUGGUAUGGAAAUGGACUGUUAUUAUGAAGGGGUGGAGUGAACAGGGUGGAGGAUAACGCUGUCCGCAGUAUAGCCAAAAAUAAACCAAAAUGAGCAAAGAGUAUACCCG